CCGGGUAUAAGGGCCGCAGCCACCCCCAGCCUCCCCGGCCCCCACCAUGACUGGUUUCCGACUCCUGGCCCUGCUGGGCGGCCUGCUGGCGUCCGUGGGGGCUGGCUCAGCCCCCUGCGCGGGCAUCGUGGGCGGCAGGAAGGCUAGGCCGGGGCGCUUCCCCUUCCUGGCCUCCAUUCAGUAUCAGGGGGAUCACUUCUGCGGGGGCGCCCUGAUCCACAGCCGCUUUGUGCUGACCGCCGCCAGCUGCUUCCGCGUCGGGAACCCCGCAAUUGCCACGGUGGUGCUGGGGGCCUAUGACUUGAGGCGGCGGGAGCGUUCCAGACAGACCUUCUCCAUCAGGAGCAUCAGCGAGAACGGCUACGACCCUCAGGAGAACCUGAACGACCUGCUGGUGCUGCAGCUGGACCGUGAGGCCAACCUGACCAGCAGAGUGGCACUGGUGCCACUGCCCCUUCAGAACGCCACGGUGGAACCCGGCACCAACUGCCAGGUGGCGGGCUGGGGGAUCACACGGCCUGGAGGGCACCUCUCCCGCUACCCAAGGGUCAUCAACGUCACCGUGACCCCUGAGAGCCAGUGUCGCCCCAACAACGUGUGCACAGGUGUGCUCACCCGCCGGGGCGGCACCUGCCAGGGUGACGGAGGCACCCCCCUCAUCUGCAAUGGCCUGGCACAUGGCGUGGCCUCCUUCUCUCGGGAGCCCUGCGGGAGUGGCCCCGACUUCUUCGCCCGCGUGGCACUCUUCCGAAACUGGAUCGACUCAGUUCUAAACACCCGGUCGGACGAGCCUGUGGGGGUCCUGUGAUUUCCCCCGGAGUCCAGCCCAGCCCUUCAUGCCACUCAUCCUCCAUAACUAUGUCUGUGGUCCCUCAUGUGUCCCCUGCAUUGCACCCCUGGGCCUGGAGCCCCCCCAGGUCCCUGUGGUUGUGGCUAUAAUAAAGAAGCCAUUCGGUCCUUUGUGUCUGAUUUCUCAUCACCGGAGUGGGAGGCAGUCCCCUGGGUUUUGGGGAGGGGUUCACGGUCAUGCAAUUGUCUGUCUGCACCCACUGAAUCCCACAACAGCUCUGAGACUAGGGGCAGCUGAUAUAUGUACCUGAUGGGGGGGACCCCGAGGCUCAGAGAGGCUGAGUAUUUCACCUGAGGUCACACAGCCAGUGUGGGCUUCCAACCCAAGUCGGUGUGAUUUUAAGGCCCAACUC